GCAUGUGCGUGCGUGCUUGUGUGUGUCUGUGUGUGUGUGUGUGGAUGGUUGCAUGCAUGCAUGCGUGCAUGGGGGCUCUUUGCAGAUCAGAAGAAGGAAGAGGAGGAGGAGGCGGCGGUGGCGGCGGCGGCAGCAGCAGCAGCAGCAGCAGCAACAGCAAUGGCUACUCCAGAAGGAGGGAAAAGCUCUGAGCCGGAGAAUAACAAUAAAAAACCCAAAACCUCAGGCUCCCAGGACUCUCAGCCCUCUCCUCUGGCUUUACUGGCAGCUACUUGCAGCAAAAUAGGGACUCCUGGUGAAAAUCAAGCGACUGGACAGCAGCAGAUUAUUAUAGAUCCGAGCCAAGGACUAGUGCAACUUCAGAACCAACCGCAACAGCUAGAAUUGGUGACAACCCAACUUGCUGGAAACGCUUGGCAACUUGUUGCCUCCACUCCUGCUUCGAAAGAAAAUAACGUUUCUCAACCAGCUUCUAGUUCUUCCAGCAGUAAUAACGGGAGCGCGUCUCCUACUAAAACGAAAUCAGGUAGUUCUUCCACCACCCCUGGUCAAUUCCAAGUCAUCCAAGUCCAAAAUCCAGGUGGUAGUGUCCAGUACCAAGUGAUUCCACAACUUCAGACGGUGGAAGGCCAGCAAAUUCAAAUCAAUCCAACCAGUAGUUCAUCUCUACAGGAUUUGCAGGGUCAAAUUCAGCUCAUUUCUGCAGGUAAUAAUCAAGCUAUACUCACAGCUGCUAACAGGACAGCUUCGGGAAAUAUUCUUGCUCAAAACCUGGCCAAUCAGACAGUUCCGGUUCAAAUCAGACCUGGCGUUUCCAUACCGCUGCAGUUGCAGACCCUACCUGGUACUCAGGCUCAAGUUGUGACAACCCUACCAAUUAAUAUUGGAGGAGUGACUUUAGCAUUGCCCGUGAUAAACAACGUGGCUGCGGGAGGAGGGACUGGACAGGUCGGUCAGCCUGCGACUACUACCACUACUACUACUGAUGGUGGGACUUCCAAUGGGAGUCAACUAGUUUCCACACCUACCACCACCACCACCGCUUCUGCCAGUACCAUGCCAGAAUCUCCCUCCUCCUCUACUACCUGCACCACCACUGCUUCCACGUCUCUGACCAGCAGUGACACAUUAGUGAGCUCAGCAGACACGGGCCAGUAUGCAAGCACAUCCGCCAGUAGUUCUGAACGCACUGUUGAAGAAUCCCAGACACCUGCUGCUACUGAAUCGGAAGCCCAGAGUUCUAGUCAGCUUCAGCCCAAUGGAGUACAGAAUACGCAGGAACAAUCCAAUUCUCUUCAGCAGGUGCAAAUCGUGGGCCAGCCGAUUUUACAACAGAUCCAGAUCCAACAGCCUCAGCAACAGAUCAUUCAGGCGAUUCCACCGCAGUCAUUUCAACUCCAGUCAGGGCAGACCAUUCAGACCAUCCAGCAGCAGCCUUUGCAGAACGUUCAACUUCAAGCAGUAAAUCCGACUCAGGUGCUUAUCAGGGCUCCAACUUUAACACCUUCAGGGCAAAUUAGUUGGCAAACUGUACAGGUUCAGAAUAUUCAGAGUCUUUCGAAUUUGCAAGUUCAGAACGCUGGCUUGUCCCAGCAGUUAACCAUCACCCCAGUGUCUUCAAGUGGUGGCACAACUCUUGCUCAGAUUGCUCCCGUGGCUGUUGCUGGCGCCCCUAUAACUCUGAAUACUGCCCAGCUUGCAUCAGUGCCUAACCUUCAGACAGUGAGCGUUGCCAACCUGGGCGCCGCAGGUGUUCAAGUGCAAGGAGUUCCAGUUACAAUCACUAGUGUGGCAGGUCAACAGCAAGGACAAGAUGGAGUGAAAGUCCAGCAAGCUACAAUAGCUCCUGUAACUGUAGCAGUUGGAGGAAUUGCUAAUGCAACGAUAGGAGCUGUUAGUCCUGAUCAACUCACACAAGUGCAUUUGCAGCAAGGUCAGCAAGCUUCUGAUCAAGAGGUGCAACCCGGCAAGAGACUUCGAAGAGUUGCCUGUUCUUGUCCUAACUGUAGGGAAGGAGAAGGAAGAGGCAGUAAUGAACCAGGAAAAAAGAAGCAACAUAUCUGCCAUAUUGAAGGAUGUGGUAAAGUGUAUGGUAAGACAUCUCAUCUCCGAGCACACCUACGCUGGCAUACUGGAGAAAGGCCUUUUGUGUGCAACUGGAUGUUUUGUGGCAAAAGAUUCACAAGGAGUGACGAGCUUCAGAGACAUAGAAGAACCCAUACAGGUGAAAAGAGAUUUGAAUGUCCAGAAUGUUCUAAAAGGUUUAUGAGGAGUGAUCAUCUUUCCAAACAUGUCAAAACACACCAGAAUAAGAAAGGUGGAGGGACAGCUCUUGCCAUUGUUACCUCCGGAGAACUGGACUCAUCUGUUACAGAGGUGCUUGGCUCCCCAAGAAUCGUCACAGUUGCAGCCAUUUCUCAAGAUUCAAACCCAGCAACUCCCAAUGUUUCAACCAACAUGGAAGAAUUCUGAAAAGUAUUUAUAACAGAGACCUCUAGUGCUGCACUUAAGUUUACACACCUCUGAAAAUCUGGAAAUGGGCUGGUCGAGUGGAUUACAGAGUAGGAAAUCAUGUUUUUAUUCUUGGCUCCUUUAAGUAUUCCAGGGUUUUGGGUCGGCAUGUGAAGUGUUGAGUUUUUAAAACACAAAAAAUAAACUGAUGUACUGGAAACAAAAAAGUAUUUACUCCAUACUCUAAGUUGUAGUUAUUUGGAAAUAGACUACAUAAUCUUUAAAUUGACUCCCUCUUAACAUCAGAUGUUAACAUAUUUAAAGACCUUAGUAGUUUGAGGCUGGACCUUAAUUGGACAUGUUUUAUUUGAAAGAACUUUGUUAUGAAUUCAAUCAGUAAUAACUUACAUGGAUUUUUUUUGUUGUUCUAUUGCACAGGAAAUAGUUUACUAAAGAUAGGUAUUAUACUUUAUUUUCUCAGCUUAAUUUCUGAAAAAUGAGAUAAAAAUAAUUUCAACCAUUUUUUCUAAAUGUUAGAAAUUCUUCAGCAGUUGAAUUGAGUUCUACGUUCCAGAGGGUAAUCUGAGAUUUGUCUCAGAUCUUUAUUACCACUACAUUAUAGUAGUGUGUAUGUAGACAAUCAGUGAAGUCCAGUUACUUUUCUUCAUUUGAGGACCCAAGAGGAACUGAAAGCUAAAUAUUAGUUUGAAUUUUAGAUGGAAACCUUAGGAAAACGCUGGGAGAAAAAUGGUUAAAACAGAACUCAUAAUAGCUUCAGAAUAAUUAAAUGAGGACACUUAACAUAUAAGGUUUUAAAGUUAGGAUUGAUUGUAUUCCUAACUCCAGAUUCAACUACAAAUUUAUUUUGAGUAUUUAUAUUGGAAAUAUUUGCAUAGAAUAUAAAUCAUUCUGUAGUUUCAUAGCUUGUAAAUAUUACUUAUGUUGACAUUGUGCAGAAUUCUUUAUGCUUUGACUUGGUAGCCAAAGAAUUAUCACACUUUUAUUUAAGGCCAGCAGAAAAUUUAUCUUUUUCUUUUCCCUCAGAAAAUUAUUUUAACUGCAGUAUAAUUUACAUUUUUCUCUCUAUUCAAAUAGCCAGUUCCAUUUUAUUUUCAGUGCUAUAUUAGAGGGCUGAUUAUGAGUUUAUAUGAUAGUAGUGUCUUUGUUAUGCCAGUAACUGAAUUUUCCCCUAAAGGACAGCUUAACAGAUAUGUAACAGAUAAGAUAUUAUGGAGCAAAAUUAUUUUUGCAAAUCAAAAUUUUCAUUUUAGUGACCUAAAGAAAAAAAUGUAUUUCAUUGCUUAUGCAAGGAUCUUAUAAAAGAUGGUCAAAAGUUUAAUAUAAAAAUGGAUUAUGCCAGUAGCAUAAAUAUUAGUAUUUCAUGUUUUAAAAGGGCAUUUACAGAGAAUCAUUAUUGGAAUGGAACAUUUGAGAAUUAAGAGUUUAUUAACAUUUUUGUUUGGGGACUGUUUGAAUAUAAGUACAUAUUUUCUUGUGCUUUAUUAUUUCAGAAGUACUACUCAUGUGAAUUCUCUUCCUUCCAAAAUUGUGAUGUUUCUUGUAUUUUUGAUGAAGGAGAAAUACUGUAAUGAUCACUGUUUACACUAAGUACACUUUAGGCCAGCCCUUUAUAGCGUUAUAUAAAACUGAAGGCCUUUUGUGCCUUCAGUUUGUAUAUAAAAGCUUUGAGAUUAAAGGAAAAAAAUUUUUACACUGUGGUUAUAAAUUUCAAGUUUCUUAAAGCUUUUGUAGACUUGUAACAAAGUCUUUAAAUUUUAGUUGGAUUUUGUAAAUUGUUUUGUAUAUUUUAUUUAAAUGUACUCCUAAUAACUGAUGUAUCUGGCUUUAAAACAUCAGACUCAAUUUGUUGUUUUGUUUGGUACAGAGGAGCAUUUGGUAGUGUUAUAAUUUUAUUAUAUAGGCGCUGAAACAUCAAAUAUAUAUUUUAUCUAUCAUUAUGCUACACAAUCAGUGCUAUAAAUUUUUUUAUGCAGAGAAACUUUCCUAAUGUUUGAAUCAUGUUUCUUCAGAGUGACACUUUUCUGUUGUUAAUAAUACCAAGUAUGAGCUUCUGCACCAUUACCCCCCAUGGAACAGUUUUAAUGCAUACAUCUGUAUGUUCAUCAGAAAUAGAAGUUAUUUUUCAUUCAACAAUGAGUCCUAUUAUAAAUUUAACAAACUGAAACUGGAUAGAUUUAUAACAUAUAAAGUAUAUUAAUUUGUGUUAGCAGGUGCACAUUUCACCACUGAAAUUAGAAAUAUUUUGACAGUCUGUUCUGCAUACUAUUCUGAAUCCACUUUUCUGUCUGCUAAGAAUCGUAAAUUUCUGUGUCCUUUAUUUGACUCAGUGGGAGAUAGCUGUUCUAAGUAAGAGGCCACAGAUGUGCAGUAGAGUCUUGUUUAAUGGCAUUUCACUACUCAUUCCCUUUGCCACUGUUCUGAAACUUUUCUUUCUUGUAAUUAUCAGUGCAAAGCUAUGUAUUUAUCAUGGUAGAACUCCAGUGUUAGAAUAGUUUUUUCUUACAGAAUACUUUGGUUAGGUUUGUGUAUGUGUUGCUGAUUACAUUAGAACUUGAUGUUAAGUCAUUAUUUAUCACACUCUCAUGAGAGCAGUAAUAAAAGUGUGUAAUCUAGGAGAAAAAGUUAAUUUGUCAAACUUAGAUAAGCAUGAUGUUUAGGUCCUAUUUUUCAAUUUUAUAACCGUUUUAUUGCAACAAUAUUUGUAUUUAAGUCUUCAUUUUAAUGCCUUGUGGUGUUUUUUUAUGCAUGUCACUAAGUUGUCAUCCCACAUAAAUUGAUGUGCAGCAUAGGGUAUUAAAUCUACAUAAUGAUUUUAAAACAGAAAUAGUUGAUGGUAAAAAUGUAAAUGUUUUGCAAAAAUUCCUUAUAAAAAGUUUUGUAGUAACA